CAAUAAUAUAUCGCGUUUAUUCCGUGGCAGUAAAUCACACGGAUUCUUUCUGACAACUUGCUGGACUAUCUGUUCCCCGUUACUGAAAUAAAAGAAGAUCAUGGCAGCACGUGACCACCUUAUAAUAAUCUCUGCACGUGACAGAUUGGGCGGCAGGAGCGGGAGUCGAACAGGUCGUGGGGGUGGUCGGUGACCGUCGUGACCGUCACAGGUUAUGGUUGCAGCAGUGUCAAACAACCCCAACAAACCCUUCUGGUAUUGUCAUUGUUCAUAAAUUUAACAGAUACAGAUAUUGACAAUAAUCUCGACGAUUAAAGUCGAUGAAUGUCACGUUGAAUAUCAACGAUUAAAAUGUCAUUGUUAGACAAACGAAGUGCACAAAAUGUUACAUAUCACUUAAUAAACUUUGCUGUUGUGUGUAUUGUUACGGGAUUAUUUUCUUCGCAAUGUUGCGCUCUUUCAGCACAAUAUACUAGCUUUCGAUGUAAACGUGUCGAUUCUUGUGUGUGUAUGUUUGAGAAUGAAGAGGGAUAUGAUUUAUCGGAAUUAAGCGCUGUCAAAAACGGGUUGAAUGCCACCAAAAGUAAUCUCACCUUCUAUUUUCAUCCAUGCACAGACAUAAGUAUAGGAAAUAAUACUGAUUUGAAUGAUUGUUAUAAGGGAGCCUCAGUAUGUUUGUAUAAUUCAACCGAUCAAACUUACACUAAUCUGGGACUAUCACAUGAAGUGAGAGUCACUUCUAGUGGCCUAAAAGGUCCUGUUGCCUUUGUUUACUCUCAUAACAAUAGCACAACAACUGUGAUGAUGAAUAAUUGUGCAGACAGUAAUUCUUUGCAAGUGGGCUCAGGGAGUGGUGCUAAUAAUUAUGAGCUGCUGCUAAAUUCACCUUCUGCAUGCCGCCAGCGUGUGUAUGUUAAGACAGAGCCACCUGAUCAGCCUCAGGGUCAUCUAUCCACGGGCUCUGUUCUUGUAAUAAUGUUCAUAGUGUUCUCCAGCGUCUACUUUGUGGGAGGAGCUCUUGUCUUGAAACUUUUAAGAGGAGCUGAAGGCCGGGAAAUGAUUCCCAAUUACGACUUCUGGGUCAGUCUCCCAGGGCUUGUCAAGGAGGGAUUCCUUUUCACCUUGAGUGGCUGCAGAACUGCUCAAGCCUAUGAUAGAAUUUAGUUAAAAAAAAAAUGUCUUUGCUCUUCAUUUUGGCAGAAUCUCAACUUGUGAUGGGAGAUUCCUUGCCUCAAAUUGGCUCAUGGGGUUUAAAGGUCCUGCCUAGAGGUGUGGAUUGAAAUGUGAUUAAUAUUUACUGCUAAAUUCUCUUUUUUAAUUUGUUCUUAUAUUGGUGUUAAUGAACAAGACAUUGAUGAAUUUGUUAAUAAAGGGUGGACUGCAGCAUUAAAAAGUACAUGUCGAGAGAAUGUUUGUGAAUAGUGAAAUGAAUACUUUUAUUUCUUAAAAGCAAUAGGAGUGAGAAUGAAAAAAAGUACUUGCCCUGCAGAUCCAUGUGAUAAACAUCUUAUACUGGUACUUCACUUUUAGGUUCAUACUUAUCUUAAAUUUUUUAUUCAAACAUUUUGAAAAACUGUUUUUGUACAUCAUAUAAAGUUAUAUAAUUGUUAGAAAGUGCCAUUGCUUUUUUGCAUUAGAAUCUCAUUCACUUUCUUAGUUGCUGAUUAUUUUAUUACAUUUGUUCAGGUAUUGUAUUAGUUAAUGUCUUGUUAGAAUAAUAUUUUUUUAUUGUUUUGUUUUCAAGCCAUUGACCAAAUUGUGAUUCAGUAGUAAUAAUUAAUAUUUUAAAGAAGUUUGUUGCUAAGAGAAAACUCAUCUGAUGUACAGUGUAAAAUUUGUAUAUUUCUGAAAAAUAUUUGCAAGUUCAUUGAAUAAGGUUAAUAUUUUGUUGGUCUGUUGUUAUACAUGCUUGUUCAUGAAGCAAAUGCUUGACUAUGUUAGUAAAAGACAACAAUAAAACAUAUUUGAAAUUGAGUUUCUAUAGUCAUUAAUUUUUUCUUCACAAAAUAUUUUAAUAAUUGGCAAGUGUCAAUUACUUUAUAAUAUUUGUAGUAUAAGAAAAUCUGUUACUCACUAAAGGAUUCAAAUGAUCACAGUAGGUACUGAAAAAGUGUAGAAUGAUAAAGUUUAUCAGUUUUAUUUUCAUUUGUAUCUCUACAAUUGUGAAUGCCAUCAUCUGGGGGGGGGGCACCAGGUCAUAUCCCAUAUCCUGCCCCAUCCAAUUUUUGAUUGAAAACUUGAUUCUUUUUAGCUUAUAAAUGUUGUAUGUUGUUGACUUUAUAUACACAACUCUUUAUGAACAAUUUUUGUGAAUGAAUUAUAUGGGAACAGAUUUUCAUGUAACUACAUAUUUUUACUGUAACAAGAUACAUGCAGUCAAUUAUUUUUAUAGCGUUUGCCAGACAUUCUGUAUAAAUUUCAAUGACGUUUUUUUUAUUUUUUAAGUGUUAGUGUAAUUACAAAUUUUACUCAAAACUACUUCUAUAAUUUAUUUGGUAUUUAUACAUCGAAAUUGAAUGUUUCAGAUAGUAGUUUGCCAAUAUAUUACACUAGAAUCAUCUUUUUUAAAGCAAUGUAAUACGUCUGUGCUUCAAUGACUACCAGACCAACCAAAUUGUCACACUUUGUGACUUCAACCAAAAAUUGUUACCCAGCUUCGUGGAAAACGGUUACUCAAAUUCAAGGAUAAGCAGAUGUUUGCAAAGCAGAAGGAAUUAGCAGAAGGAAUUAGCAGAAGGAAUUGCAACAAUAUACUUGUUCUCAUUUCAUGUUUCUUAGAGCCCAUGUAUAACUCAAUUGAAAUUGACAAUUCUUUUAUAGAUAAUUGUAUUUUGCAUGGGUGGAUUAUUUGAGGGAGAGGGUGUAACCCCGUCUCCCUCCCCGAUAGUUAUUUUUUGUUCUCUCAACUGUUUAUCUGCACACUGGCCUCUCAUGAACAAUAUUGUACAUAUUUUGUAUAUCUUUUGUUUCAAAUUUAACUCUUAUUGUGCAAAGAAGACUAGCUCAUCUGUAGAGAUAUAUCUUUUUUACAACUUCUCCAAAUUAAUUUUAAAAUCUAAAUAGCCAAGUUUUGUGUACAGAAGUUUGAAAAUGCUUGUAUGAAACAAUUUCAAACACUAUACUGAAUUUUAUUUUAGACAUUUUCUUAUUUUUCUUACUUUUUAUGGAAAAGAUAAAUCAUGUACACAUACAUAUUUUCUUUUCUUUUAUUACAAUAAAUUCCGUUCCCUAAUUAUAAAAAAUCAAAAAAUCAAUUUUAUAAGUUAGUC